AUGAAUACUUUCUCAGAUGAAAGAGAUAUAAUCAAAGUUUUUCGUGUGUGGAAAACAGCCCAUCAAAUGGUCCAUGACCGAGGCUAUUUAGUCUCUCAAGAGGAAUUAGACAUAACUCUUGAACAAUUUAAACAGCAGUAUUGCACUAUUAAUGGUGUCGAUCGAUCAACUCUUUCUUUUUAUGCACGAUCUCCACCAGGAUCUAAUAAGGAGCAGAUAUAUGUCGCUUUUCAAAGAGAACCAUCUAUUGGUAUUAGUGCUAUGCAGGACUUUAUACAUAUGCUUCAAGAACAUGGGCAUAAAAUUGGGAUUUUAAUUUAUCAAACAUCAAUGACACCAUCAGCUAAUAAAAUUAUUGCUACAAUGGCAGGGAAGUUUACAAUUGAAGCAUUUCAAGAAUCAGAUUUAUUGGUAAAUAUUACGCAUCAUGAGCUUGUUCCAAAACAUAUCGUUCUUACUCCUCAGGAAAAAAAAGAGUUAUUAGAACGUUAUAGAUUAAAAGAAACGCAACUUCCUCGGAUCCAGAUAGCGGAUCCGGUUGCACGAUAUUAUGGGUUAAAACGAGGUCAAACAGUUAAAAUUAUUAGACGAAGUGAAACAAGUGGCAGAUAUGCAAGUUAUCGUAUAUGUAUGUAA